AUGAAGCUCGUUAGAUUUCUGCAGAAACUGAAUACCGAGACCGUGACCAUUGAGUUGAAGAAUGGAACCACCGUAUCGGGCACAAUCACCGGCGUCGACGCCUCCAUGAACACUCACUUAAAAAACGUUCGCAUGACUGUGUCGCAGCGCGAUCCAGUGAGCAUUGAUACCCUGAGUAUCAGAGGAAACAACAUCAGAUACUACAUUUUGCCGGAUUCGCUACCGCUGGAUACGCUGUUGAUUGAUGAUGCUCCGAAGGCGAAGGCGAGGAAGAAGGAGGUUGUUGCUGUUAGGGGAAGAGGACGUGGUGGUGCACGGGGUGCCAGAGGUGGAGGACGCGGAAGAGGACGAGGAGGACCGCGUGGAUUCUAAGACGUUGUCUCGUGAUGUUGAUGU